UUCAUUCCCGGCACAUUCUUCGAGCAUCAUCAUCCAAAUCGUCUUCUGCUCACGUUUCUGCGUGAUCGAUCCGGGGACCCAGUCUUUGUUUGGAGUUCGCACACAAGUGAUGUGAACUCCACACCCGCAUGGUUGGAGCACGGUUAAUAGCAUGAAGAGGGCAUAGAUGGAUAUACAACGCAUGCGCAAGUGUACACGGAUAUAGACUUAUUGUAGUGUAUGUAUCUUCUUAUGCUCUCUUGGAAUUCACAUCAUUGGUUCCUUUCAGGCAGUUAGAAGUAUUUUCAUAUCACCAUAGAUAAGUGUUAAUUAAAUAUGGAUUUAUUCGUAAUUAUCGGACUCUUAAUCGUAGUCUACUAUUCCGUCUAUCUCAUUCUUCCCUCUUUCUUGGAUUGCGACAUACUGCUCGCUUUUAAAGAAAAGUACGGCAAAUCCGUAUCUUCAUUGAAAGGCAAGACAGUAUGGAUAACAGGUGCAUCUGCCGGCAUCGGAGAACAUUUAGCUUACGUGUUAGCCAAAGCGGGCUGCAAGUUAAUCUUGUCCGCUCGGAGAAUCGCUGAAUUAGAACAAGUGAAGAAAACGUGUUUGGAAGAGAAUAGAAACUUAACUGACAAUGAUGUGGAAGUUUAUCCUAUGGAUGUGCUUGAUUUGGACUCGCACGAGAAAGCAUUCGAACAUGUAAUCAAUAAAUUCGGCAAGUUAGACAUACUCGUCAACAAUGCUGGCCGUAGUCAAAGAGCAAAAUGGGAAAACAUCGAGAUAGCAGUUGAUAAAGAAAUGUUCAACUUGAAUGUAUUCUCCAUCUUAUCCUUGAGCAGAAUAGCAAUAAAACACUUUUUGAAAGUAGGCGAAGGUCAAAUCGUCAAUUCCUCAAGUUUAGCAGGAAUUGUACCUGCACCGAUGUCGGCGACCUACUGCGCCACUAAACAUGCCUUACAUGGUUAUUUCAGACCGUUGUUCUUGGAACAUCCUGAUAAUAAUAUUAGUGUGACAAUGGUUUGCCCGGGUCCGGUACAAACCGAAUUUCUAGCCAAGAGUUUCACGGAGAAAUCUGGCCAGAAUUACGGUGUAGCAACGGACACAUCUAAAAACAAAGUUAGCGUGGAACGUUGUGCAAUUUUAAUGGGCGUCGCGAUUGCAAAUGAACUGGACGAAGUGUGGAUUGCCACAGCGUCUUCAUUACGACUUGUAUAUUUGAUUUAUUGUUUUCCGAAUUUUGCAAAAUGGAUUAUAAAGAAUUUAGGUCUGAAAUACCUGCUAAAAUUACGAGAUGCUAACGCCUCCAAAACGGAUUAAUCAUCAUGAUCAUCACUGAAUAUUCUAAUGUCAACUGUAUUUUUAUUAUGUUUUGCCAAUAUAUUCUUCACAUAAGCGCUUUAAGAAGAUUUUUAUAUAUGUAUAUAUUAAAUGUAUAUAUUAAACAUAAUAAGAAAAUAAAACAGAUGUAAACAGAUUAA